AUGGUGAGACGCCCUGAUGAUGCCGACUACAAUGCCGGCGAGAUGUCUGCUAGUGUAUUAAGUUCACGGUCCGAUUCUGGAAAUUAUCAUGGAUACUAUGGAUUCCGGACAAGGUACUGUCUUUUAGAUCUCAUUUAA